AUGAUUGUAUCUGGUAAUGGAACACAAUUUGUGUCCAGUAAACUUAGAAAAUUUUGUGAAAUGUUCACAGUAGAACAUAAAACCAUAGCACCUUAUCAUCCCAGAUCAAAUGGACAGGCAAAGCGUUUUGUGGACAUUUUUAAAAGAACUUUGAGAAAAGCAAACAAGGCAGUCACAGACGAAGUCGCUCUGCAGCAAUUCCUAAGGGUUUACAGGGUGACAUCGAAUCCCAAUACACCGGCAGGAAGCUCAACAGCAAAGCUGAUGUUCGCGAGGAAGAUGAAAUCAGAUUUUGAUAAACUGUCACCUGGCGAGGAAAGAAAAAGUACCAGGAAAGACAAUCCCAAAUUUUUCAAAAUUGGUGAUAAGGUGUACAUGAGGUUGUAUAAAAACGGAAAACAGGAGAAAGGCAAAAUUACAAAGUACAUAGGAAAAAUGAAGUACGGAAUUAAAAUCAGAAAAGGUAUUGAAUAA